AUGGGCAGCAAAAACCAGCACAUCAACAGGGUUGUUAAGGUCCUCACCGUCGUAUCAACCAGUUAUUCCCAUCACACCUCAGGGAGGCUGGAAAAGGAGCUGGAUUGUGGAAAUGGUGGAGAGGAACCACGGCUCUGCACCUACACAGCUGGAAGUCACCUGAAGCAGUGGUUCUCAAGUGUUGCAGCCAAAGAGGAAAGGGAAUGCAUGUUUGUGGAGGAGGAUGCUCCUACGGGAGGAUCUAUGAAGCUGUCGGUGUUGUUGCUGUCGGCUCUGCUGGCUCUGUCUGCAGCCAGCCUGCAGGACAUCGUGAGGAAGAGCUCACAGCACCGAAAAGUCUCAUUACUGAACCCGGAGCUGCAGGGCGUGGUCCCUGAGUCAUCAGGUACCCAUGUGGUGUGGGAGCCUCUGACUCCAGCAGACCUGGAGCAGCAGGACAAUCUUCCAGACUCCCACAUUUUCGGUGAUAACGUGAACCUGGAGUGGCUCAGCUGGGACGGCUCUCUGCCAAACGGAGCCGUGGCGAUCUACAACGGCUACACCGAACGCACCGACUACGUCUGCAAGUACAAGUGUGAGGCCGGUUUCUACAACCCCAGCCUGGGCCCCUACUGCCGCUACCCGUAUGGGGACCGUGAGUACUACGCCCCCGAGUUCGAGAUCCUGGCCAACAAAGACAACUUUGAGUUCCUGGAGUGGAAGGAAGACUCCUACGGAUCAGUCCCUCAGCAUUCAGUCAGAACCUGCCUGGGUGUCGGCAUCUACGUCGGGAAGAACAAGUAUGGUCUGGGGAAGGUCGUGCCUCAGUUUGAAGCCUUUUUCCUGCCGUGGGAGGGUGAUGAGUAUUGGUACAAGAAGUACCAAGUCCUGACCAUCAACAGGGAUGCCUACACUCAGCACAUCUCCGACGUCAAGUACAACAUCGACGAGGUCGCCCUCUUCCAGUAUCCUCCUGAGACCAUGCGCAUCUCUGGGGUCACCAACAACGAGUGCCAGGCAGUAUCCAAAACCGUCACCAUCUCAAAGACCACCGAGGUGGAGACCACCUGGAACAUCGGCCGGGCCACCAUGCUAGGAAUCAGCGGCAGCAUCACCGCCAAAAUCCCGUUCAUCGGCGAGGGAGGCAUCGAGAUUGGCGGCGAGAAGACGCUGGAGUUCACCAGAGGAACCACCGUGGUGGAGGCCAUGAGCCACUCCGUGUCCGUGGAGCUCACCGUCCCCCCAAACCACUACUGCAGAGUCCGCAUGGAGGGGCGCAAAAUGAAAGCCGACAUCCCCUACACGGCCCGCCUCAGCCGCACGUACCGCGAUGGCGAGACCAAGUGGACGUCCAUCUCCGGAAAAUACGACGGAGUCCAGAUCGGAGAAGUCCGAGCUGUCGUGGACCGCUGUGAGCCGGUGGCCGACGCCCUGCCGUGCCCCUGA